GAUGACGAUUUACGACAGUAUUUUGACGUAAAAGAAAAGCGCAUUGUUUCCGAGUAAACAAACUACUUUCGUAAUUUCUUUUUCCGUGUACACGAAAGAAUAAAUAUUUUUCCAAGAUGACUAUGGCAAUGCUGCAACGGAGGGCUAACGUAAGAUUGCCUCCAGAAGUAAAUAGAGUAUUAUAUAUUAGGAACUUGCCUUAUAAAAUUACAGCGGAAGAAAUGUAUGAUAUUUUUGGUAAAUAUGGAGCUAUCAGACAAAUUCGAGUGGGAAACACAGCUGAGACCAGAGGAACAGCUUUUGUUGUUUACGAAGAUAUAUUUGAUGCUAAGAAUGCAUGUGAUCAUUUAAGUGGAUUUAAUGUUUGCAAUAGAUACUUGGUAGUUUUAUAUUAUCAAAGUAAUAAAGCAUUUAAGCGGGUGGAUGUAGAUAAAAAGAUGGAAGAAAUAGAUAAGUUGAAGACAAAAUAUAAUCUCAAUGAAGAGAAGAAAUAAUGUAAUUCUAAUUCAGUCAAAUAUAAUGCUAUGACACUUUAUAAUGAAAUACAUGUUACAAUUUCAGAGGCAAUAUCCAUUUAUGUGACCUAUAAGUACAAGUAAUUUGCUUCACAUUUUUGACUAAAGACCAUUCACAGAAAAUGGCAUAAUAUGGAAGUAAUAUAUGAAAAUGAAGUUUGUAUAUGAACAUUGUAGCUGUACAAUGAUUACUAUAAGUUUAAAUAAAUAUAUUUUUCUUUGA